UCAUAAAUCUCUAUAUAAUCCGCCUUCAAGCUUCCACUUCUCACCCAAAAGUCACCUUUUUAAAGUGUCUGCAUAAAAAAAGAUGGCUUCUUGUUCUUCUAGGUUUCUUGUUUUCUUUAUUCUUGGUGUCCUGGUAUGCAACAUUAAUGGGAGGAAGCUAAUCGGGGGUGAAAAGGGUGGUUUUGAGGAGGAGAAGAACUUCAGACACCGUCCUAAGUUUGGUGGUGGUGGUGGACAAGGUGGAGGCGGUGGUGGGGGGCUCGGCGGUGGAGGUGGGUCAGGUGGUGGUGCUGGAGGUGGAGCAGGGUUUGGUGGGGGUGCUGGUGCUGGAGGUGGAUCAGGUGGAGGAGGGGGACUUGGGGGAGGUGGCGGUGGAGGAUUUGGUGGAGGCAGUGGAGGAGGAGUCGGUGGUGGUUCCGGUUUUGGAGGUGGAGCUGGAUUUGGAGGUGGUGCUGGUGCUGGUGGUGGAUUAGGUGGGGGAGCUGGAGGAGGUGGUGGUGGAGGAUUUGGAGGCGGCGGUGGCGGCGGGCUUGGCAGUGGUGCUGGUGGUGGUUUUGGAGCUGGAGGUGGCGCUGGUGGCGGCCUUGGCGGCGGACUUCCUUGAAGGCAGUACUCUUUAAGCAAUUGUUACUCUUUACGAAUAUGUACCAUUGAUUUUCUAAGUGUUUUUUCUUAAUUAUCUUCGUUCCAAAUGUUAAUGGAGAAAUUAAAUAAGUUCUUUGCAGCAGAAAUGAGCUUAAUUUGUAGUUUAA